CUGCCAUUACUGUUACUACUACUGUUCCUCCUUAAUAUUCUAUCCAUUUCCCCAGUUCGCAAUUAUUUCCCCAGUUCGCAAUUAUUGCGUCAGCCAAUUAGUUAAAGUCUAAUUUACAUAUGUGCCAUUUGAUCGUUUGAGUCCUUAUAACUUCAGGUGGCAUUAAGCCGUACGGUGUGAAGAGCUUGACAUUUACUUCGUAAGGACUUCCUCGUAACACAACGCCUACGAUUGAGGAGAUAUGUUACGUCUAACUCACUUAGCUUCCAAGCUGAGGUUGGCAGCAUCAACCUGCAGUUUUUCCUUUGGUGAAAUAAAUAAUUCAAGAAUAUUGACCCAGUGGAGAGGAUUGACUUUUGGAAAUGAUGACACACCUGUUAAGACAAUAAAGGAUGUUAUACAAAAUCUGACGCAAAAAGUUGGUGCAGCCAAAAGUUACACUCAUGUAGUCGACCGUACAAGCCUGCUAGAACUCUUGCCUGCUUCACAAGAUGAAUUAUCUCCUCGCAGUAUGAAAGAUAGCUGGGAUACUGCCAUCAUUCCACUGGGUUCAGAAGAAAGACUGCGAGAAAAGUAUGUAACAUUUUUAGGUGGUGUAAGGGUUGGACGGCUUUUGGAGGACCUGGAUGUGUUUGCUGUGUGGCUCUGUUACAAACAUGUCCUUAAUCCCCGCCAAAAGGAAGGUCUCCCUAGCCCCUAUUCUAUUGUCACGGCAUUGGUAGAUCGGAUUGACUUUAAUGAGGAGGUAACCUUAAAACCAGAUAGGGAUAUUCGUCUGUCCGGUCAUGUCUCUUGGGCUGGUCGUUCUUCCAUGGAAACUGUCAUAUUUGUUGAGCAGAUUGAUAAUGGAGAAUGGCACCAGGUUACUCGUGCUGUAUUUGUUAUGGUAGCUCGAGAUCCACUUAAUCAGGGAUCAGCCAUUAUCAACCCUCUGGUGCCAGAAACAGCAGAAGAAAGAAAGCUUUAUCAGGCUGGUGAAAUUCAUAAACUUCACAGACAACAGGUUAAAGAAGAGAGUUUGUUUAGAGUCCCACCAAAUGAGACUGAGAAAACUAUGAUCUACGACUUGUUCAUGUCUAUGGCCAAUCCUAAAGAGCUCUCAUUUGCAAUCAAGAACAAACCAGCAAAUUCUGUAUGGAUGGAAAACACCAGAUUGAAAAAUCUGAUUAUUUGUCAUCCAGAGCACAGGAACCGCUUCAAGAAAGUCUUUGGAGGAUUUAUCAUGCGACAAGCAUUUGAAUUAGGCUGGGCAGGUGCAUUUACAUUUAGCAAGCAAAGGCCAAGGAUUUUGCACAUAGAUGACAUCAUGUUUCGAAGGCCUGUAGAGAUUGGUUCUCUCCUCUAUCUAAGCUCCCAGGUUGUGUACAGCCGUGAGAAUCACAUCCAAAUCAGUACAAAAGCAAGUGUGAUGGAUCCAACUACGGACGUCAUCCAUCUUACAAACAUAUUCCACCUCACAUUUCAAGUCGAGAAGCCAGUUCCCUUGGCCAUACCUCGCACUUAUGAUGAGGCUUUGAUGUUACUGGAUGGUCGCAGACAUUACCAACUUGUUCGUGGGCUACGGAAGUUCUAUGGCCAAGGGGAAAUGCCUUCUGAUACAUUGAUUUAGGAAAAUCUUUUAAAGAUAUUGUACAUAGGUAAUUUGUUGACAAUGUCAUCUCCAAAGUUAGAGAACGAGAUUAUAUGUCCAAUGUUCAUCCCAAGUUGAAAAUGAUUUUACCUUACUGGAAACAAUGUAGCAGGAAAAUGGUAUCCUCAUAUAUUGUGAUGCACUUUAUUAUCAGAUGCACUUCUCCAUGUCUCUCUUUAGCAUUGUAUUGUCAAAGUAAGCUACCAAUGACUUUUAAGUGAAAGGUAAAUGGAUAGGUUAUAUUUACAAGGAUUGCAGGUGUUUGCAAAUUCAUGAUAGAUGAAAUAAAUACAAUGGGUGAAGGUAACUGUACUUUUGUUCUCAAUGGUUCAAAAAGGCAGUCCUUAUAUAAGAAGUAUUGCAUCUUAUUUUUGUAAUUUAUGACUUGCAGAUUGUAAUUAAUGUAUUUUUAUACAAUUUUGUUUUAUUCCUUUCAUAAUCAUAAUGAUUAUAAAUGUUAAGUAAAUUUGUUAUAAAAAUGCAAAUCAUAACUUAUGAUGAAAAGGAGCUUGUUUUCAUAAUAUUUAUUGUAUUUAGUUUAUAUUUAAUAAGCUUUUAUAAAGGAAAAGUUGUUUUAUACAAUGGCCAGAUUUUACAUUACUAGUUUUAUGGAGAUUUAACCAUUUUAAAAGUACAUGGUAGGUACUGUAUUUUAAUGUGGCUAUACUUUUGCUAACAAUUUAUUUGUGUCACAGGAAUAGAGUGUUAGGUUUUGUAGAUAAAAUGAAAGUUUUUUUUUUUUUUUUUAUGUUCUGUUAUGGUCCUUGUUUUUAUUAACUCUUAAA